UGCUUGGGUCCGAAAAGCGCUGGUCCUAAAUAAUUCCUAAAUUCUGCAAGAGGGGGAAAAAAUAGAAAAGGGAAAAUGACAUCCUGCUCUCGCCGCACCGCCCCUCCCCUCCCCCGCCUCCGUCGCUAAUGGCGCCGGCCUCCGCCGCCCACGGCCGCGUGAUCAGCUCCGCCGCCGCGCCCGAAGGUCGCCGAGCCUCCCCCCGUCUCCGCCCUGAAGGAAACCCACCUCCUUCGAUCCGUGAUUCUGCCUUCUUUUUCUAGCACUUGGGUGGAUUCUUGGGAUAUGGCGGACUCGGUGGAUGUGGUGUUGGAGUUCUUGAGGAAGAACCAGUUUACGAAGGCUGAGGCUGCUCUGCUAGGGGAGCUUAAUUGCCGGCCUGAUUUGAAUGGGUCCCUCCAGAGACACCUUUCCGAUGAGAGAGAAAAAGUGAGAGAAGAUAUUGGAUUUGGAGGAGCUACUAAUUCGAGACAGCAAGGUGCGGGCACAUGGAGCAGAGAGAUGUCCAAGGAGUUUAUUGUCAAGGAGAUUGAAGUAGGUGGCAGUGGUAAUGGGUCUGAAAGCAAGAAGGGUUUUGGUUCUAAACAGGGCCAAGAGAGUGGCUGGACGGAUCUGUGCCCUUGGAAUUUUGGUCCGGUUAAUAGUGCUGUCAAUUCAAAUUUAACGGAAACUGGUGCCAUUGCCAGCAACUUUGCUGAGCUCUCGAUAUCCAAGGAACCAAUGCAUCGCUGUUGUUUGUCGGCAUUAGAGAGGAGGGAUUCUGCUGUUGAAACUGAUUCUGACCCAUCUGCAGAGCAAAAGAUUUCUUCUAUCAGCAGCAAAAGUAAAACUGAGAUUGAAGUGAAGCCCGAUGUCAAUCAGAUUAGUGGUUCUAUGGCUGACAAUGCUUAUGCCAAAGCCCAUUUGCUGGAGAGCCUGUGGUUGAAAAGUGAGGAGCCGUCCAAGGGGUGCUCCAUGACGGCAGUUUUUCCACUUCCUGUGGACAAUGCCUCAUCUAGUUAUGAUGGUGCUUCAGGUCUUGGUGAUGGUAGGAAAGAGCCUAACAAGAAAGGCGAAACCAACGAUAAUAGAGAAGUCACAAAGGAACAGCUUGAUGAUGUGGGCAGGCCUUGCUUCUCAGGGAAGUCUCCAGAAAGUAUAGAGCAAAGAAACACCACAAGCUUUGAUUUGCCACAUAUUUGUGAGAACAACAGGGAAGAGUUACCAAGGUUGCCCCCUGUAAGGCUUAAGUCGGAAGACAAGCUAGUCAAUCUUCAUUGGGAGGAAAAGGUUGAUCGCCAGGCAUCUGGAAUGAAGCUUUCAGGUCACGACAACAUCUUUAUGAUUGGGUCUUUUCUUGAUGUUCCUAUUGGACAAGAUAUCAAUUCUUCAGGUGGGAAACGAACAAUUGGAAGCAGCUGGCUAUCUGUAAGUCAAGGAAUUGCUGAGGAUACUUCUGAUUUGGUAUCUGGUUUUGCUACUGUUGGUGAUGACUCAAUUGAUUACCCAAAUGAGUACUGGGAUUCUGAUGAAUAUGAUGACGAUGAUGAUGUUGGGUACAUGCGACAGCCUAUCGAAGAUGAAACCUGGUUUCUAGCGCAUGAGAUUGACUAUCCAAGUGACAAUGAAAAGGGAACAGGUCAUGGGAGUGUUCCUGAUCACGAGGAGCGGGUUCCAAGAAAGGAUGAAGAUGACGAACAUUCUUUUGCUGAAGAGGACUUGUACUUGUCAGGCGAGCAGUAUUUUCAUUCAAAAAACAUUAAACAAGUUGCUGGUUCGGAGGGGCUGAUGGAACUUAGAAUGUCUGAAAAGUAUAGAGCGGAUGAAAAUGAUUUGAUGGCUCAGUAUGAUGAACAAUUGAUGGAUAUUGAAGAGCUAAAUUUGAUGCGGGCAGAACCUGUUUGGCGGGGCUUCGUUACCCAGGGCAAUAAACUAGUUAGGUUAGGGAACGAGAAAAUCCUCCAUGAGUGUGAACAAGGUCAACCUGUUGAUCCUUUCGCAGAAAAUGAUCAGCAUGGUUCAGUCAGGUCAAUUGGCGUGGGUGUAAACAGUGAUGCUGCUGACAUUGGGAGUGAAGUCCGUGAAAGCUUGGUUGGAGGGAGCAGUGAGGGGGACAUAGAAUACUUUCAUGAUCAUGAUAUUCGUAUAAGUAGCGGACGGCAUUCUCAACAUGAUACAAACCAGAGCCGGUUGAAUAGUUCAAAGAAGGAUAAAAUAAGGGGAACCGAGCAGGAUCCAGAUAACUUUAUUUUGGCUUCUGAAAAUGGUAGUUGUCCACCAGAUAUGAGUUAUAUUGAUGGUGGAUUUUCUUUUCCACCCCCAGCAAGAACUGGAGAUAUGUUGAAGGCUGAUUCUGGUAAGUCUUUAUGGUCAAGCAGGGGUAAUGCGAUUGUUGGUGAUGAUGCUAAUGAAUGUGCAAAUGGCAUGGUUACGGAGGAUAUUUGUGCCACUUGGAGGCGAAAAAGUAGCGACUCUUCUCCUGUUAGGAGCCUUAGAGAUGAGAAAACUUCUGAUGCUGUUAGAUCAUCAAGAAAUUCAACUGCAUCAUCUACCUCAAACUAUGCUUAUGCUGAAAGAGAGGACCUCGAGAAAGGACGAGAGUACAAAGCAAAUGAUGCAAGAGAAGAAGACCCUGGGACAACACUCGAGGAUGAAGAAGCAGCUGCAUUGCAGGAGCAAGUAAGACAGAUACAAGCUCAGGAGGAGGAAUUUGAGACUUUCAAUCUUAAGAUCGUGCACAGGAAAAACAGAACUGGCUUUGAAGAGGAUAAAAAUUUCCAUGUCGUUUUAAAUUCAGUAAUUGCUGGACGUUAUCAUGUUACUGAAUUCUUAGGAUCAGCAGCAUUCAGCAAAGCUAUUCAGGCGCAUGACUUGCACACAGGCAUGGAUGUUUGCAUGAAAAUUAUAAAGAAUAACAAAGAUUUUUUCGAUCAGAGCCUUGAUGAAAUCAAGCUUCUGAAAUUUGUUAACAAGAAUGAUCCUGCUGACAAGUAUCAUAUCUUGCGCUUAUAUGAUUACUUCUAUUACCGGGAACACUUACUGAUAGUUUGUGAACUUCUCAAGGCAAAUUUAUAUGAGUUUCACAAGUUCAACAGAGAAUCUGGAGGGGAGGUUUAUUUUACAAUGCCAAGAUUGCAGUCAAUAACUAUCCAAUGCUUGGAGGCACUUCAGUUUGUGCAUGGUCUUGGUCUUAUUCAUUGUGACUUGAAGCCUGAGAAUAUAUUGGUAAAGAGCUACAGUAGGUGUGAAGUAAAGGUCAUCGACCUUGGUAGUAGUUGCUUCGAAACAGAUCAUUUAUGUUCUUAUGUACAGUCACGAUCCUAUCGUGCACCUGAGGUUAUUCUAGGCCUCCCUUAUGAUAAAAAGAUAGAUAUAUGGUCACUUGGAUGCAUCCUGGCUGAACUUUGCACAGGAAAUGUUCUCUUUCAAAAUGAUUCUCCAGCAACACUACUUGCACGUGUGUUAGGAAUUAUAGGCCCUAUCGACCAGGAAAUGCUUGCGAAGGGCCGGGAUACAUACAAAUAUUUCACAAAGAACCACAUGUUAUAUGAAAAGAAUCAGGAAACCAAUAGGCUAGAGUAUUUGAUUCCAAAGAAGACAUCCCUGCGCCAUCGGCUUCCUAUGGGUGAUCAAGGUUUCAUUGAUUUUGUUGCUCAUCUGCUUGAAAUAAAUCCAAAAAAGCGUCCAUCAGCAUCUGAAGCAUUGAAGCAUCCAUGGCUCUCCUAUCCUUACGAACCAAUAUCGUCAUGAACUGUGCCUGGUGAAUGUCUUAUUCUGCUGGAGAAUAUUUUUCCUGCCUCAUUAGCACGUGCUGAACCGCGACAUAUGAAGAUUGCAGAGCCGUUGGAUUCUACCGAGCUGGAUAAUCAUAUCAAAGAAGCAUCAGCCUCUGAAAAAGCUUGGGGCCGUAUCUUCUCGUGGAUUCGCUGCUUAGAAGGCGGUAGGUGCCAACAGUCCCCUUGGUGCUGUGGAGCUGUGUUGUAAGCUAACUUGUUUUGUUUGUUGUAAGCCAGAAUGUAAUUGGGAAUCAGUGCCUUCACCUGGAAUAGGACUGCCCUGUUGUAUAUGAUGUGAUUAUUAUUUGAGGCGUUUGCAAUGUUGGUUGUGCCCUGGUUCCGACCUGUUUCUUUA